UCCACUCCCACGGGCAUGCACAUGGAAGCAAAGUAUCACUCAAUGUUUUGGCAAGACCCGGACCACAACGACGGCACCGUUCCUCGUGGGAAGCAAGUGUCCUUCGGACGCGCCAAACUAGGCGAUGGAUAAUCUUCCCUCAGCACAAAUUUGUCGAUGACAAGCCAGCUUGCUUCUUUCUUUAGCGGAUACUUAUCGCACUGACGGAAUUGACAAGUGGGAUGAAGUCCCGGAUCUGCCCAUACAGCCGAGAUUUGCUACGGCUGCUAACUUUGUCCAAUAGAUCGCCAUAAUGUGAGUAGCUUCUUACAAGCUAUAGCAUUCCAUCACGAAAGAGGAACAGCAGCAGCACAGACAACUACCUCUACCAUGAGGGCCACCAACGAUGAGAAACGGUGGGAAUCGUCCGAGAAAAUGGCAACUUCCGAGGUCGGCAAUGGCAGCCGUACUCCGCCGGUCCGAGAUGCAGCCAAGUCGCCGCGCGAUCCUGGAACAACAACAGCAAGUCAAAGCGAUCAAGAUCCUCCAUUGACGGUCCGGAUCAGGGAGAUGGCACCGCCAGAUCCAGAGUUGCUCUCCCAGAUUGGAUGCCGUUGUCUUGUCAUUGACUUGCCAGGGGUACUGGUGGAGAACUUGACCGUCAAGUACCGAAGCGGCUUUGUGAGAGUCGAAGGGCAGCGAACCGUAGGCCGAAUCAAAGACUUUCGCAAAAAGUUCCCACUCAACCAUGAGCAAGUCGUGACAAGGAUGCUUUCCGCGUUUCUCAGCCAGGGUGUCUUGGUGAUUGUCACGCCAACCAAAGUCGCGGCAUCGAUGGCAGCAGCAGCCAUGGUGGCGUCUCAGAUUAAGGCCAAGGGAUACGAGUUUCCCCCGAGCCCCAAGCCUAGCAAACCACAGCCGCUCUUGCUAACACAAGACCCUGUCGAAACGGGAGAACCCGUCAAGUUCUCUAGCGACUUGCUAGUCACAGCCGGUACCAAGACGGCGGCACCACAACCAAAGUCCGCGGUGGGACCUUAUCAAAUAGUCUCACCAUCAUCAUCGCCUCCAUCAUCCAACGCAACAACUUCCGCUAUCUUUGCCACAGACAAAGGCAAUGGAAUAGAAAAUUCCAUCGAAUCUCCCGACGUGGUCGAGCCAACAGCAGUCAGGCCGAGAAAGUUCUUCUUUACUACAGGGUUGCCAAGGACGCUCCAAAAACACCCCUCAGACGAAAUCUCUGGACAUCUCCAUCGUUUCCCUUCGGAUGAAAGACGUAUACACAACAACAACAUCAAUGACCGUAGCCUCGUACUAGAAGAACCAUCAAAGGAAAUGAGUGGCUGCAGCGAUUCUUCAGGUCCUGCAAAAUCAACAAAGCCACGGAUGGACCACGAGGAAAAGAAAACGGACGAUGACAGUGAAAAGAUGGUAGGCGUCUGGAGUGAUACGUCUCUUUGGGAUGAGCCAUCGGACAUGCUUCCUCGAAACACUCCUCGCCGCCGGUCUGUGGAAGAGUAUGAUGUGAUUCUGGAUGAGGAUCGAGCGACCACGCUUUCGCCCAUCAAGGAACACCAGGAACAUUCUUUCCUCCUUCGAGAUCAGCUCAGCUUGAGCCCCGCCAACAGCAUUAGUACUGGCACAACGAGUCCCGGAGACAACCGUCCAUUGACGUGGCUUCAUUUUGAAAACGUCUGGCAAGACAAUGCCGAAAACCUAAUCAUACGGACAAACACAGACACGUCGGAUCUGGAUCGGAGAAGACUUCAUGGUAUGCACGGAAAUCCCAAUGGUCCUCAAGAGCAACGUGGAAUCAUGCUGCCGUUUGAGGAUGAACUAUUUGACCGGGACGAUCGGAGCUUGGGGAUGGAAUUGGAACCUCACCCUUAUUGGCGUUCGGCGCCUUUCUUGCCAUCACCCAAACUGGAAACAAUUGAAUACGUGGCGGACACUUCCGAGAACAGUGUCCCUCCUCGAGACGCACAAAAAGCCCCUUCCCCUUCCCUACUGAGACGCAACCGACUGAGCGGACGCAAGACUGUGACAUGGGUAGAUGAGAUCUAGCUUGCUUAUUGGUAGCUAAGAAAGACAGCACCAUGGGGGGCGCACUCAAGAUCAAGAAGGCCAAGGCCCUGCACCAAAUGAUCGAAAGCUUGUAGAGGAAGUUGAUGGUUUGACAUUUCGGAAUGAAUUCGUUUCAUCAUGGCAGUACAGCAGUUAGCAGCCCAGCCCAAUUAGAAUAAAGACACUAUGUAACAAAAGCUUCAC